AUGUCCGACCCUAUAGACCGCAUCGUCAAGGGUGCGCCUCCUCCAGAUGUUUCUGCCGAACAGCUUGCGGCAAAUGCCAAGGCAAAUGCUGCAACAACACCUUCAGUGACAGCACCAAUCCCGCCAGCAGCACAUUCAGGAACCGUACACGAUCCAAGAGAAGCAGUGCCGUCCUCUCCGCCUCAGAUCUACCUCAAUCUGCUCAUUCUGGAAAGCAGUCUGAGGCUGCAAUACAUAUCCUUACGCACCAGAUUACGGCUGCAUCUGAUCUUGUUUACGUGCCUCAUUGCCUGGAUUACUGGCUUCACCUACCUGUUGUUCUUCAGACCUCGUGAAGAUGGCUCUGGAGUCGGCGGGUCCGUAUACUGGAUCGUGGAAACUAGCGAGAAGCUGGCGUUGUGCUCAGGCAUCGUCACUCUCAUUCUGUUCUGGGCCACAGGCAUGUACGAUCGUGGCGUUCGCUGGCCGAGGAAGUUCGUCAGCAUCACAAAUCGCGGACUCCGAGGCUUCAAUUUGAAAGUGGUUGUGGUCCGAGGUGGCUUCUUGCGUGAAGUGAUGAGCUGGUUGGCCGUGCUAGACAUGGCUGGGUGCUUCCGAGAAGCAAAGGUCAACUUCCAAUUCGUGCCGCGAGACAUUGAAAGCACAGGAAACAAGGAGCCGCAUCACUGGAAUGCUCAUGCUGCGAAGCAUGGUAUUUUGGAGGAGGACAUCGCACCUGGCGGAGAUGUCAUUCGUGUGCUGCUGUUACCAAAACCCUUCAGUCCAGAUUUCCGCGAAGGUUGGGACAACUUUCGCAUGGAGUACUGGGAUCGUGAGAACACACGCAGGGCUCAGCUUCGGACGGCGGUGCGCAUUCGCCGAAGAGAGGUGGCCAAGCGAGAGGGAGGAUUGUUCUGGUGGACAGGGUGGCGA